AUGGCGAGCAGAGGGAAAUUGCAACAACGAGAAAUAAUGAGCGAGCAUGGGCAACAACAUAGCUGGGUUACGAUGAGCUUGACGUCGAAUUAUUUUUAUGGGGAGUUGCCAGGAACACUAGCAAAGCUGACCACUUUGAAGGAUUUAAGAAUUAGUGACUUGAAUGGAACUAAAGUAUCUACUUUUCCACCCCUUAGUAACAUGAGAAACCUGCGUACACUGAUGUUGACAAGUUACAACAUUAUUGGAAGCUUACCAGAGUAUCUUGGGACAAUGAACAAUUUAACAAUUUUAGACCUCAGCUUUAACAACCUAAGUGGAGUAAUUCCAAACAACUUCGUUAAUCCAAGAGCUUCAAUUUCCAUGUACGGACUCUUAAUUCUUGUUUUUGGUUUCCUUGUGCCAGUUUUGGAUGCUAAUUCUCUGAAGCCACCAAAAUUAAAUUCAUUAACCGAUGACCUUGAACAGAUUGGCAUGAAAUUUGUCGACUUGAAUAUUCUUGAAUCUUACAAUGGAAGUCUUAAGGCACCAAUAAGGAAAGUCCAUAAUAAGGAAAUUACAGCUAAAUCAAAUCAAAUCAUAACGUAA